GAAUAGGCAGCUUCUUCGCGCUGUUUGGGACUCAGCCUCUUCCUCCCAGGAUCACGGACUUCAUCUCAUUACAUAUUCGCUCGCUAAUCUCACUCGCCAUUAUCACUCGCUACUAAGCACUGUCACUCGUUUAUUCACCUACUCUGUCACCAUGUCACGAUUCUUUACUACCCUGGUAUUGGCCGGGAUUGGCGCCAACCUGGCCAUGGGAAUGCCGUAUGAUCAGGAAGAGCAAAACCGGAACGCUGAAUGCGAUAACGGUUGCUUCUUUGGCAGCUUUCUAGGGGGCUCCUGCACAAAUGAUGCUGCAUGCAUGUGCACCCAGCAAAAGUAUCGUGAGAGAUACUUCUGCUGCAUGGCCCAAAGAUGCGCCGCAUCUGUCUUGCCCGAUUCUAUACAACGACAGACUCUAGAGUGCGAGGCUAGGAAUAUGCCCUUCACAUUCGACACUGAGGCGGUAUGUGGCAUCAAAUUGACGACCUCCACGUCUGCUGCCACCGCCGUCACAGUGACUGUUACUGCUGGGACCGGAACCCAGUCCUCAAUGCCAUCAGCAUCCAACGGCUCAUCCGCCGUGUUGACUAGCACGUUAGCUUCGACGCCUGUAAUCGCACCCAAAUUGAGUGCAGGCGUGAACACACCCACUGCUACGCCGAGCACCGGAUCUGCGGAUCGCUUGUUGGUGCGGGACUCUAUUGUGCUGGCUGCUGGAGCCGGCUGGAUGCUCUGGUAAACGAGCUAUCGAGAAAGAAGAACAAUCAGGAUACGCCUAUCCGUCACCACCUCUAGCGACGCCAGAUAUAGCACGAUUACACACAUAUUUUUUUUACUCAAUAUUUAAUAAUAAUGAUAAUGACGC